ACAUGUUGUGCUCAUUUUAAAGUUUUCUAAUUAUAUUUAAUUAUGCCUGGUUAAUUGUGUUGCCAUUUUUUAUAUUUUCAUCACGUGCUUGUGCAAGUGUUUGGUUUUCCAUUGUGCCCGUUAAUAUCAUGUCGGCGCCUUGGCCAGUAAGAGAAGGAGCUUUUAAGAGUAUAGGCCAAAGUACAGAUCCUCUACCGAUAAUAAUGGCCAAAGUUACUGUCCCGCCAAAAUUAAAACUGAAGCUGAGAGCUAAUGAAGCAAGAUCUCUUAAAGCUGGAGAAAUGAGCCAACAAGAGUCUAAAAAUUUAGCACACACAAACAUGAAAGUUACCACUGACAAAUUUAGUAGUGAAAAAACCGCAAUGGAAUCACAACAACAAAGGCAAACUGUUACGGCUAGUGGUAUAUUCAACCAAGAAGAACACAGUUCUGCUUCUAGUCAUAUUUAUACUACAUCAACCAGAGGGUUAAGCGCAUCAGCCACUUCUAUGCUACAAGCUGCCAGCAGGCAGUUUCAGCUAAUGAAUGGGACACCAGAAGAGGAUAUCCUUAACACCUCCUUAGAUGAUCUAGAAAAUCUAUCUGCCGGUUCUAAUGCACAAGAAGUGGAGAGAGCCAUACACAAAUACUCGACAUAUCUUGAUGUAUCUAUAAGAUGUCUUCAAAAAAUGGAGAAUAACAAGAAUGCACAAUCUAUUCUAAAUAAAAUUAAUGAUGUAAUGAGUAAAGCGUGGGCUGUACCAACUUAUGGACAUGAACUGGGUACUACUUUGUGUAAUACAUUAAGGAAUUGUGGAGGUCUAGAUUUAAUUAUGCAGAACUGUACAAAACCAGAUAAAGAUCUACAGUUUUCAAGUGCUAAACUCUUAGAACAAUGUCUUACAACAGAAAAUAGAGCUCAUGUUGUAGAGCAUGGAUUAGAUAAAGUAGUACAUGUUGCAUGCGUUUGUACAAAAAAAUCGAACUCUGUUGAUCACUCUAGAGUAGGGACUGGUAUUUUGGAACAUUUAUUUAAACAUAGCGAAGAAACAUGCAGUGAUGUAGUUCGUCUAGGUGGUUUAGAUGCUCUAUUAUUUGAAUGUAGAAAAAGUGAUGUCGAAACAUUACGCCACUGUGCCGGAGCUCUUGCAAACCUCAGUUUGUAUGGUGGUGCUGAAAAUCAAGAAGCAAUGAUCAAAAGAAAAGUUCCUAUGUGGUUGUUUCCAUUAGCAUUCCAUAACGAUGACAACAUUAAAUAUUAUGCCUGUCUUGCCAUAACUGUUUUGGUUGCUAAUGCUGAAAUAGAAGCAGAAGUAUUACAAUCCGGGACUUUGGGAUUAGUAGAGCCAUUUGUGACCACCCAUAAUCCUUCAGAAUUUGCCAAAUCAAACCUUGCACAUGCUCAUGGCCAAAGCAAAACCUGGCUAAAAAAUUUAGUACCUGUAUUAAGCUCAAAAAGAGAAGAAGCUAGAAAUUUGGCUGCUUUUCACUUCUGUAUGGAAGCUGGAAUAAAAAAACAACAAGGAAAUACUAACAUAUUUUCAGAAAUUGGUGCUGUUGAAUCCUUGAAAAAAGUUGCAAGUUGUCCAAAUGCUGUUGCUUCAAAGUAUGCUGCUCAAGCUUUAAGAUUAAUUGGUGAAGAAGUGCCUCACAAACUUAGUCAGCAAGUACCUCUUUGGUCAGCCGAAGACGUUGAAGAAUGGGUAAAGCAAAUUGGAUUUGCAGAAAUUGCCUCUAGUUUUGUUGAAAGUAGAGUUGAUGGAGAUUUAUUGUUACAGUUAACUGAAGAAAAUCUCAGGGAUGAUAUUGGACUGACCAAUGGUAUAAAAAGGAAAAGAUUUACAAGAGAAUUACAGAAAUUAAAGAAAAUGGCUGAUUAUACUUCCCGAGAUACGGCGAAUAUAAAUAACUUUCUUCAAACAUUAGGACCUGAGUUUUCAAUAUACACAUAUAGUCUCUUAAAUGCAGGUGUAGAAACAAAGGACUCCCUCCGCAAUAUUUCAGAAGAUCAACUAUUAAAUGAAUGUGGUAUAAUGAAUUCUAUUCAUCGAUACAGAAUAAUGGAAGGUAUUAGGCAGCUAGAAAAUGGAUUAGCCAAUGGAUUAAAUGAAGACAAUAUGGACAAAUCAUUAGAUGUGUUUGUCAGUUACAGGAGAUCAAAUGGUUCCCAGUUAGCUAGUUUAUUAAAAGUCCAUUUACAAUUAAGAGGUUUUAGUGUAUUUAUAGAUGUUGAGAGAUUAGAGGCUGGUAAAUUCGAUAACAAUCUUCUACAAAGUAUACAAAAAGCCAAACAUUUCCUUUUAGUUUUGACACCUAAUGCUUUAGAAAGGUGUAUAGGGGAUCAUGAAAGAAAAGACUGGGUCCAUAGGGAAAUUGUUGCCGCACUCUCGGCAAAUUGUAAUAUUAUUCCUAUUAUUGACAAUUUCACAUUUCCUGAAGCUGAUGAAUUACCUGAAGACAUGAGACAAGUUUGUCACUUUAAUGCAGUUCGUUGGAUUCAUGAUUACCAAGAUGCCUGUGUGGACAAACUAGAAAG